CGGUCAUGAAGAUCACCUGAAGCUCUGUUUAGGCUUGAACCAGGUGGAGUGGAGUGUGUCAGAGGUCUGUGUGUGAAGCAGUGGCCGUCAUGGCAGACAUAUGGUUGAUUUCUGUCCCACUGGACAAGACCAGUUUAACCAGUCUAGAGAAGCUAAAGCGCACCAUCGCCAAAACCAACCUGGCCUCCUGCUGCAGGUUCUCCAUCCCAGAGCUCAAGGUGGGAACACUGGACAAUCUGCUGGGAGUGUCAGAUGAUCUCUCCAAGUUUGACUCACUAACUGAAAGUGUGAUGAAGAGAACAUGUCAGUGUCUGAAGGAGGUGAUGGAGCAGUCCAGUGACAAAGUGCUGGAGAACACCCUAGCCAACGGAGUGGACCUGCUGAGCUACGCGACAAAGUUUCAGUGGGACAGAGCCAAGUAUCCCACCGCUCUGCCUCUCCGCAGUCUGGUGGACAAAAUCAGCAAGCAAGUUUUGCAGGUGGAGACCGAGCUAAAAUCUCGAUCUGCGGCAUACAACAGCUUGAAAGCCAGUUUGAAAAGUCUUGAGCGCAAAACAGAAGGGAGCCUGCAAACCCGCAACCUGAAUGACAUAGUGAGGAGAGAGGACCUGGUGGACUCGGAAUACCUCACCACACUACUCGUAGUAGUGGCCAGGGGGAGCUAUGUGCAGUGGGAGAGGUCGUAUGAAUCUCUCUCACAGUUUGUGGUUCCUCGCUCCAGCAAGAGGCUGUACGAGGACAGGGAGGGAGGGGUUUUCUCCGUCACACUUUUCAAAAGAGCCGUCGGUGAAUUCAAAGCCAAAGCCAGGCAGAGCAAGUUCACCGUGCGCGAGUACAACUUUGAUCUGGAGGAGCAGCAGCACCAGGAAAUGAAACAACUUGGCGUAGCGAAGAAGGAGCAAUAUGGAAUCUUUGUGCGUUGGCUGAAAGUGAAUUUCAGCGAGCUGUUUGUCGCCUGGAUUCACCUGAAAGCGUUGAGGGUGUAUGUGGAAUCAGUCCUCAGGUAUGGUUUACCAGUGGGCUUUCAGGCCCUUCUGCUGCAGCCGGACAAGAAGCAUAUGAAGAAGCUGAGAGAGGAGCUUGCCUCCCUGUUCAAGCAUCUGGACCCCACUGCGGCUGCCAGCAAGACAGAUGUGAGCUAUGAAUGUGACCCAGGAUUGGCUCUCUGUCAGCAGGAGUACUUCUCCUAUAUCUGCUACCAAAUCAACAUCAACUUGCUGGAGAGCAGCUAGUAGUCGGCGGUGAGAGGACCCACACAACAGCCAAGCACAUCCUGGAUAGCCGACAACCCUGUGGCUCAUUUUGCGAUGUAUUCGAGACCAAACCAUG